UCUUCUAGGACAAGCUGAGCUUCUGGGAGACACAUCUGAGCACUUCUGACUAGAAGACUUUGUCCUGGAGAGCUGGAGAGCUCUGGAGAGCUGCCCAGGUGGCCCACCAUGGAGGGUGACUGUCUGAGCUGCAUGAAGUAUCUGAUGUUUGUUUUCAAUUUCUUCGUAUUUCUGGGAGGAGCCUGCCUGCUGGGCGUUGGCAUCUGGGUCCUUGUGGAUCCCACUGGCUUCCGAGAGAUCGUGGCUACCAACCCCCUGCUGACCACCGGCGCCUACAUCGUCCUGGCUAUGGGUGGUUUGCUGUUUCUUCUUGGCUUCCUGGGCUGCUGCGGAGCUGUCCGAGAGAACAGGUGUCUGCUGCUAUUUUUUUUCCUGUUUAUCCUGAUCAUCUUCCUGGUAGAGCUCUCAGCAGCCAUCUUGGCCUUCAUCUUCAGAGAACACCUCACUCGAGAGUUCUUCACCAAGGAGCUUACCAAGCACUACCAGGGCAAUAAUGACACGGAUGUGUUCUCUGCCACCUGGAAUUCAGUCAUGAUCACAUUUGGCUGCUGUGGGGUCAACGGACCUGAAGACUUCAAGGUAGCCUCUGUGUUUCGGAUGCUGACGCCAGACAGUGAGGAAGUCCCCAAGGCCUGCUGUCGGAGGGAACCCCAGACUCGGGACGGGGUGCUACUGAGCAAGGAGGAGUGCCAGCUGGGGAGGAAUCCGUUCAUAAACAAGCAGGGCUGUUACACGGUGAUCCUCAACACCUUUGAAACCUAUGUCUACCUAGCUGGAGCCUUUGCCAUUGGAAUACUGGCUAUUGAGCUCUUCCUCAUGAUCUUUGCCAUGUGCCUCUUCCGGGGCAUCCAGUAGGCCAUGGCCUGAAGACACCCAGCCCACCACUGCCCAGCAGCCAGCCCUUUCCUUCCCUAUCCUCUGGCCCCAGGGGAGGAGACCAGCCCAGAUGGCCAGGAGCAUAGAGCUAAUUUUUAAGAAAAACAAAACAGCAUGAAACAGACAUGAACUGAAGGCGCCUCACUUCAGCUCCAAGGCAAGGGCCAUGGGCUUGACAAGUCCCUAGGGCUGGCCUGGGACCAAAGGAUUACUAGCCUCAGACUGGAGUGUCCCCUGGCCGGGGAUCCCUUCUCUUAGCAUUUCCAGGAUCUGAGCAACCAGGAGGCAAAAACACACCCUGGAGAAGGAGCCAAAGCUCAGGCCCCAAGGAGAUGCACUUUUCACUAUACUAGGACAGACUCUGCAGCAGCACCCGCUGGAGGCGGAGUAAAGCUGCCCCAGCUCCUGCGUGGAUGAGGGUAGCUGUGUGUGGACACUGGAUCUGAAGGUAGCUGUCUUUCGUUUCCUCACCUCUUGGAUCAAAGCAUCCACUGUCUGGGAAAGGGCAGUGGCCUGUCCACAGUCACACAGCAUGUGCAUGACAAGGUCAUCCCCAGGCUGCUAUCACUCCAGCCAGGACUCCAGCCAAUAUAAACUGGACAGGAAUUGCUCGCCCCAAGUUCUACAGCUGAGAAAAGUCUGUACUGCGUCCACUCUGUCCCGUUUGUACCUCUGUCACAGACCCUACUGUCAUACAUCACCUGUCCCUGUGGGCCAUACCCUCUCCCUAUUCUCCCGGGCGGAAGGCACCCCCUUCCAGUAUCAUUCAUUUCUUUCUACCCAGAGUUGAGACUUGAAUGUGUUCUUCAAGGUCCCUGCCAAGAAUUCACCCCUUGCAUACCUCCACAUAUGGAGCUCACUACCUCCCAAUGCAGCCUCCUGCCUUCAGAUGCUCUGACAUCACCAUCACCUCAACACACAGAAAGGGUUUCCAUUUUCCUCUGCUUCUGUACAUGUAUUCCCUUCACCUGCUCUCCUUCCUAGAGGUUAAGGUCAUGCCUCUUGUCUGCAAAGUUAAGAACCCCACAGUCUCUCAGCCAUUCCUACUGACACACUUUCUGUCCUUUUGCUGUACAUA